AUGAAGGAGGAAAGUAAUAUAUUAGAGGAGUUGGUACGGGCUAAGGGAAGUAUAAAACGUAAAUAUACUACGUUAAAAACUGGUGAAGCUGAUGUUCAACAGUUAAUGACGCAAACAUUUAAACCCAUUAUAGAUCCUUUAACUAAAAUUUCGAAUACACGUGAUUUAUACAAUAAUCAAACUAGGAAAGAAGAUGUUAGAAUAGAUUCUGAAAUAAUUAAUACUAAUGAGAGUAAUAAUUAUGAUAAUUAUCAACUGGAGAUUGAAAAUUGGUUUCAAUCAAAAGAUAUAGAUAAAACAUUUGGUCCUAAAAAAAUUGUAAACAACGAUAUCACCUUGGGCGAUAAAGAAGUGAAAUUCACUCGAAACUUGCAAGAUUAUACGGGUAAACCGAUUGCUGGAUGUUUUUAUUCCGAGGAAAUACAUAAAACUAAUCACCGAAAUGAAUAUUUAAUCGAGAAAAUUAUACGUAGAAAGGGCAAUCAAGUGUUUGUCAAGUGGUUGUGA